AUGUUCUCAACCACUCCUCUGAGUCUACUCGUCCUCGCCAUCUCUACUCUGACAACAGCUCUCCCCGCGGUUACCAAGAGAGAUACUUGCACCCUACCCACAAGCUUCACUAUCAGUGGUUUCACCGCAUUCUACCCAGCAGCCGGAAACACUCACAAUCAAACUACCAGCUUCGAAUUCGGCGACUCAAGCACGAGCAGUGAACUCACCUGCACCGUUUCCGGAGCCCACGGACCUGACGAUGUCUUCUCUUGCUCGGACCCAACUGUCUCUUUCAGCUACGAUGGUACUGAGACCAGCAGUGGAAGUGUGACGAUCUAUCAGAUGGUUUCGGGCUGUGCUGGAUGCAUUGAUGGUUCUGUUUUCGUCUCUACGGACUGUAUUCCUGCCGAAGUUCCUUUUGGUCUUGGAACGAAUUGUGAGAUGCCUACUGUCUCUUUGACUGGGGAGUUUUCGUCUAGCUAG